CGAAACUGAACUACGGUUAGUUCUUUGACGGCUGGUUCUUUGAUCGGUACUUUCUGAGUGAGCGCCAUUCUAUGUGAUCGAGGAUACGAUCUAGUUUACUGACCGGCUCGCGAUAUUUAUUUUGGAUUUUUUUUUCCUUCAUAUUGUUAUGAUUGGGCUUGCAUAAGAGAUCAUUAAGACGGGAUGAUGGAAUUCUCAAGCGUCCGCCUUCUGCAAACGUUCUACGUCGUGAUUGCAGUAGUUGCGGUUAAUGCAGACGUUCAUGACCCUGAAUCUUGGCAACCGCUGUUGCACGGCGAUUACUUUAACGGACCCACAAAACCGCCCUUCGGGAACGACGGAUUUGGAUUACUAGGAGGAGGAUAUCCAGAUGAAGAAGUCCCAAACAACAACGACCAAUGCUCACUGUACAAAGUAGGAUUUUUGCAAGAUUUGUAUUUCCAAUACAUCCAGUACAAGACUGACAUACCAGACUUGAAAGAAUUCACUUUGUGUUACUGGUCCAGGUUUGCCAACCAUUCAAACGAUCAUCCAAUAUUUUCAUAUGCUGUGGACGGACAGCCGAGGGCUAUCUACUCCUGGAUCUCGAAUACGGACCGUUCCAGUUAUUUCAGCAUGAACAUCGAGGGACAUACGUUUUAUCGUCUUAACUAUCCUCUGAGGCUGAACAGAUGGUAUCACACUUGUCAGAGCUGGAAUGGCAAGACCGGAGAAUGGCAAAUUUGGGUCAACGCCGAAAGAGUUGGUCGAGGAUUUCAUAAUCGGCUAGUUGGUCAUGUGGUUCCAUCAGGAGGUAUCGCCAUAACCGGACAAGGACAGAACCAAUUAGGCGGUGGUUUCCAAGAAGGACAAAGUGCUCCAAAAGGUUCAGGUGGCAUGCUUGGAGAAGUCACCAUGGUCCAACUCUACAGCGUAGCUCUAACAGCUGGCAAAGCGCACAAAGAUCAUAAACACCAUCACGCUCAUCAAUUCGAUCACAACGGUAAUAUGAUCACUACUCCAGCCCCCACUACCACCCCAAGAUCAACUUUACCAAGCCAUCCGCUUCUAACCGGAGGUCAACUCAAUAGAAAUACCAGAAUAAAUUUUGCUGGACAACAACCUCAAGUGAUCCAAGGACAAGAAUAUAGCGUUGGUUAUGCUAAUGGUCAGUUAGUUGGAGGACUAGUGACUCAGCAGCUCACAAAAGGAAAUCAACAAGCUCAGUUGGUGCCCCAAGCACAACAAAGUUCACCUCAAUUACCUCAGCAAGAGUUUCAAUUUGUACCUCAGCAGCCACAAUUACCUCAACAAUCAUUCCAGUUCGUACCACAGGGACAACAAAGUUUACCGCAACAACAAUUGUUGCCUUAUGGGGCUGGCAGUUUUGGAACCCAAUCAAUUAGCUUAAGGAACUCUGGUUUUGGAAGCAGAGUAAGAAGUAGCGUAUUAGGUAAUCCUGCUAAUGUGCAGUACAUUGAUAGUAGCUAUGAUGAAGGGCAUUCACUAUACAAAAGGCAAAAUAAAGAAACAGCAGCAGGUGCGAAUACUGAACCGAAGUUUGGAGAUAAAAUAGUCACGAAACGCGAAAGUAAACAAAAAAAGAGGGAACUAUUUGUAGCUGGAGGUACCAUUUUUGAUGAUGGUUUAGGACAAGGACCUUCUAUAGGUAGCUCUAACAAUCAACAAAGUCUCUUAUACGGUUUAGCCGGUAUUGGCGACAACCAACCAAUCCUCAAACAACAAAAACAGAAUGACGAACGGGAGCCAGCCGAAGCAGAAGUGAAGGCAGUAAUGAAUAUUUGUACAGGAUGUGACGAAGAACCGUUUGACAAGGCUUUAGUGUUCGGUUGGAGAACAGUACCCAAAAAGUUGUUCUCUGGUGCUCUUUAUAUCCCCGCGGUUCCACAGUGUAGAGUGUUUUGAUUGUGUUUUAGCUUAAUUAUCGAAAAGACCUGUAAAUAAGUAGUGAAGUAGCGAAUAAGUAGUAAAAAAAAUUCAUCGUCAUUUUGCCAUCACAAUUACCAAGUAAAUACUGUCAUAAUAUUUAUAAUUUUGUAUGUAAUUUUUUUUACGAAACUAAAAGUAUUAAAAUAAGUAUAGCAAAAUAUUCAAUUUUAAUUUUCAUUCAAGAUAUUAACAAUAUUUAAGUCCCAUUUAUCAAGUUAACAGAAUAUAUUAAGGCAUAUAUUGUCCGUCGUUUUCAAUCUGACACUUUCCGUAUGAUGCGCGAGGGGGUGAAGCAUAUGGCAAAAACAGGUGUAACGUCAGGUGACCAUUGGCGUUCUAAUGUAGGGUGCCACCAGUUUACAUUCCUUUGGAGUAUCAGAUUAAAAUCGACGGACUUUACAUGAUAAUUUGAAAACAUCCAGGUACAAGAUGAUCUCUCAUUUUCCAGGAUUCUGCUCUACUCUAACCGAGACUCUAACUCAAAAAAAAAACAUUCGCCAUUGAGUUUACAACCUUAUGCAGCAAAAAAGUUAGUUGUUAUAUUGAGCUGAUCUUUCGGAGACUUACUUUAAGUUUUUAACAUGUUCGUGUAGAGAUGUUGGAAAUAUAAUUAUGUCAUCCAUAUAUAUAUACCAUAUUUUAUUAUGUAAUCCAGACAAUAGAUUCUCCAUUGCUCUUUGAAAUGUUGCUGGUGCAUUUUUCAAACCAAAUGGCAUUCUUCGAAUUUCGAAAUGACCAUUUUCAACAUUAAAAGCCGUUUUUGACAUAGAAUCAGGAUGAAUUUUUACUUACAUUGAACAGAUACUGGUAAAUUAUAACGAUACGUUCCCGAAUUAAAAUUUAUUAUCAUGACUAUUAUUCACAGUUCUACGAGUUAAGCGAGAAAAUCAAUUCUGUUUCAUUGUUUCGCCGGAAAUUGAAAUUCUCAAAUGUCAGUACUGGUCCGGAAGUUAGUUUAAUUGGGAAAUUAAAUUUUAAUUACGGCAAAUUCGCCUAGUUGUCUUUUGUUAGUUGGAAGAUUUUUUUCAAAUUACAUUUAUUUAACAACUAAAAUUUUUCACGUCCAAUCAUUUUAUCAAACUCGAAACUGUAUAUAAUUGGUUCAUUAUAAAAUAAAUUCAAAAACGGAGUAUUAUUAUUGAAGUUGAUAUUCCGCUGAUUUGGAUGAGAGAUCCAAAUCUAAUUUGCUGCAACUGAAAUUGAAUUUCUUUAGAAGAAAAUGCGCUGGAUUCAAAUAAAUUACGAUCCUAAGCUGAUGGCUGACGACGUGAUCGACGUUUUAAUUGGAACCGGGUUUAAACCUAACUAAAUUUAAUUGAAAUUAAAGAUUGAUUUUUUUUUUCGGAAAAUGUUUAGCAUACUUAUUCAUUAAGCUAUUUUCGAUUUAGUAGAAAAUAUAAAGUUUGUCCAAAGAUAAAUUCAUUAUACUUUCAGGGACGUAAAAUGAAUAUCUAACGUUUAAAAAGCACUUCGAAAGAUAAUUUACAAAACCAAAUACGUACCGAAGAAAUCACUUAGGGCUGGGGGUUGCUUUAAAAAUCUCUGAAGGCCUUCAAAAUCCAUUAGGGGUGUACUUUACCAACAGAAAUUAAAUUAGAAUAUUUCUUUUGAUAUUGCGAAACUUUUUAAAUUCGAAUUAAAUUUUAUCGUAGGACUAUUUUAUACUGUUUUUUGUUGUCUUCGAAUCGAUAUUAUAUACGUCAGUGGUCUUUUUCUGCAAUCAUAUUUUUGAGAGUAGUGAUUUCAUUUAUCAGGUAGCUUAUUGAGCCUGCCUGGAAUUGUUUUCGUUCAAUUUUCUUAGUUUUGUUCAUUACUUCAAUUAUUUUGUAUCAACCAGCUUUGCACUUUUCCUUGAGAAUAUAUUCAACUAUUCACUAUAGGUUUCUUGCAUGAAUUUUUUUUAUUUGCUUAUUGGAAAGAGGAGUCGAAAUUAAGCUCAACUAAGGUUAAGUGGGGUAAGUGGGUUUCUGGGGUAAGUGAGUAUAUGAGCUAUAAAAAUUUCAAAAAGUAACUUUCGAUAUCCGCAACUUCACAGAAUGUUUUUCAGACCUUCUCUGAGCCACAGAAUUUUUUAUGUAACUACCCAAUUUUUUUGCAGGUGUAUUCGUAUUAAUUUUAAAACACCCUUCAAUUUAUCUCACAUACAAACUUUGGUCUAAAAUUUAAAAAAAUUCAUAUCUUCGUUAUUCGUAAUUUUAGCGCGGCGAUAAUUACAUUCCCAUAACUGUAAUAAGUAAUGAUAUCUUUUAUAUGUUUUUCAGAUUUUUCGAUUGCAGGAUACAAAUUUUGGAGUCAGAG